AUGAAGUCCAUUGCCAUCUUCCCCGCCUCGGGCGCCCUCGGGACAAGCACGUACACGCACCUCAUCGCGCAGCUGCCGCCGCCGCCGCCGUCAUCCGCCUUGGCGUCGUCCGCGUCCGCUUCGCCGCGCGUCACCCUCAUCUCGCGCUUCCCGGAAAAGGUACCGCGGGAGUUGCUGAGUACCGGCGAUGUAGACGAGGGUGCGGGCGGAGCAGGACCAGGAGUGGGAGGAGGAGCAGGAGCAGGACGAGAAGGAGGAAGAGCGGGUAGAGGACCCCUUGUCUGCACCCUCGCCGCCUCGUACGAGUCCCCCCCGGAGACCCUCCGCACCGCCUUCGCCGGGCACGACGUCCUCUUCCUCAUCUCGUACCCGAGCCACGCCCACGCCCUGCGCACCCGCCUCCAGCUACCCGUCGUGGACGCUGCCCGCGCCGCCGGCGUACGCCACGUCUUUUACUCGUCGCUCGCCUUUGCGGGAAACAGCAGCAGCAGCAGCAGCCUAUCGUCAUCAUCACCGUCGUCGUCGGAUAAACCGGCUGGUCAAGGCCAGACUAGCAGCGGCAGCAUCGGUGGCGGCAAGGGAGUCGGCGCAACGACACUGGCUGAAGUCAUGCGCGCACACCUCGACACCGAGGCGUACCUCGCCCGCCUCGCGCGCGAGGACCCGUCCUUCACGUACACAGUCGUCAGGGAGGGCCUGUACUCCGAGUCGUACCCCAUCUACACGGCCUUCUUCGACGUGCAGCGUCACGCCCGGAUGUACGCGGGCGGCGGCGGCGGCGGUGGCGGCGGUGAUGGUGACGGUGAUGGGACCGCCGUGCCGAGGCAUGAGAUCCUCAUCCCGCACGACGGCUCCGGCCCGGGCAUCAGCUGGGUCAAGCGCGACGAGCUCGGGGAAGCCACGGCGCGACUCAUCGCCUGGUACGCCGCCGCCGCCGCCGCCUCCGGCCAAGCACACCGCCCGUUUCCGUACGUCAACAAGACCGUUACGCUGACGGGUCCGCGCGUAUACUCCCUCGCCGAGACGGCACGCGUUCUCUCGCGAGCGGCAGCGCGAGGCGGCUUCUCCUCCUCCCCCAGCAAGGACAAGGACGACGGCGACGCGUACGUUGACGAGGACAGCGUGCGCAUCCGAGAGGUCAGCGUCGACGAGUACGUCGCCCAGCCACAGGUCAAGGCCGCGUUCGGAGGCGACGAGGUCCUCGCGCGCAGCUGGGCCACGGCGUGGGAUGCCAUCCGCGCGGGCGAGACGGCGCUCGUGGACGGCACGCUGCGGGAGGUGCUGGGCCGGGAACCCGAGGCAUUCGAGGUGACGAUCCGGGACAUAGUUGCGGCCAGAUAA